GAUCUCGCGAGAGAAACGAGCAACCAGCUCGGUUUCGUCUUCUUACUGGCAGUUUGCUGCUAUGGCUCGACAUGUUCAUACCUCGACCUCCUGUACUGUAGAAUGUAGUAUGGACCAUAGGACAGGACGAAGACCUGCUGUACUGUAGAAUGUAGUAUGGACCAUAGGACAGGACGAAGAAGUCCCGUUAAGAAGCUGUGGAGGCCUAAGAUUCUCUACUAGUCUGCUGGAAAUCGAAGGAAGAACGAUGACAAAGCAAAAUGGCGUUUGACGGAGAAGGCCUCAACGUGGCCAUUAUAGGUCUGUAUUUUAACCAGUGUGUACAUGUACACAUACAUGUAGUUUAGUAGAGUAAAUAUAGUUAAUAAUUUGUUUGUAUUCGGUUACAUUAGUCUGAGCGCACUUUAUCAAGUCUUGUGCUAGCUUAGCUUAGCUUGCUAGUUAGCUUAGCUUGUUAGCUGCUAACAAAGAGACGCGGACGUUAUCAACACAUCGCUAAGUAGAGAUCAAAUGUGAGUGUAAAGUGUUGUGAUUGUGGGAAAAUGUGCGAAAGAACGAUAGCAAAGUACGAAGAGGAAGAACUUUGUCCAACAAAAGAGGAGAAGGAGCGACAACAUCAACUACUGGACGCUGUUUUCAAGAAACAUCAAGUUGUGUUACACAGAACAGACGUCCAGCAGCCCCCCCACAUUAAAGAGGAAGAGGAGGAACUGUGGAUCCCUCAGGAGGAGGCUGAUCUCACCAAGUUUCCACUGACUGUUGUCUCUGUGAAGACUGAAGACAAACCACCUGAGUCCUCACAGCUUCAUCACAGUCCAAAUGUCUGUGAAGAACAUCUUCUCUCUGAGCAACAGGAGUGGAGCUUCAGGAUGGUGAAGGAAGAGUCACCACCCUCUUACUUUAAAGAGGAAGACAAGGACCCAGUCACCCCCAACUUUAAAGGUGAAGAGGAGGUGCCAGAGACCCCACACUUUAUCAAGAAAGUGAAGGAUCCACUGACCCCCAAAAUGAAACGGAACCAGGAGGAACCACUGACCCCCCACUUAAAAAAAGAAGAGGAGGCGCCAGAGACCUUCCACUUUAAAGAAGAAGAGGAGGAACACAGCAUCAGUCAGGAGGGAGAUCAUAUUGAAGGACUGGUGGAGUUUCCAGUGAUUAGUGUCAUUGUGAAGAGUGAAGAUGAUGAAAGUGAAAGUGAGGAGAAGAGAGAGGCGGAGCCUCCAAGCAGCAGCUCAACACAACACAUGACAACAGAAGCUGAUGGAGACCACUGUGGAGGAUCACAAGCAGACAAGCUCUUAGCUCCACUAUCAGAUAGUGAGGACACAACGUCACACUCUCCUGACACUCAUGAUGAAGUCUCUAAAGAUGGUAAGACAUGUCACACUGACAACACUCGCUUCAAAUGUUCUCACUGUGACAAAACCUUUAAAAACCAUUGUCAUAUGAAAAGACACAUGAGAAUACACACCGGAGAAAAACCUUUUACCUGCUCAGUGUGUGGUAAAGGUUUUCUACUAGGUCAAAAUUUGACAGUACAUAUGAGAACACACACUGGAGAAAGACCUUUUAUCUGUUCAAUCUGUGGUAAAGGUUUUAUACAAAGUGACAAUUUGAAAGUCCACAUGAGAAUACACACUGGUGAGAAACCCUUUUCUUGCUCAACCUGCGGUAAAGGUUUUGCACAAAGUCGGUCUUUGAAAGUACACGUGAGAACACACGACGAAGAAAAACCUUUUAUCUGUUCAGUCUGCGGCAAAGGUUUUGUACAAAUUGAAACUUUGAAAGUACACAUGAGAAUACACACCGGUGAAAAACCUUUUUCUUGCUCAACCUGCGGUAAAGGUUUUACACAAAGUCGGUUUUUGAAAGUACAUAUGAGAACACACACCGGAGAAAAACCUUUUAUCUGUUCAAUAUGCGGAAAAGGUUGUACAGAAAGUAACAAUUUGAGAGUACACAUGAGAAUACACACCGGAGAAAAACCCUUUUCGUGUUCAAUUUGUGGUAAAGGUUUUGCACAAAGUUCAUGUAUGGAAAAACACAGGAGAAUACACACCGGAGAAAAAUCUUUUAUCUGUUCAAUCUGUAGUAAAGGUUUUGCACAAAGUCACAAUUUGAAAGCACACAUGAGAAUACACACUGGUGAAAAACCUUUUAUUUGUAUAAUCUGUGGUAAAAGUUUUGUAGAGAGUAACAAUUUGAAAGUGCACAUGAGAACGCACACCGGUGAAAAACCUUUCAUCUGUUCAACCUGUGGUAGAAGUUUUACAGAAAGUCAGUGUUUGAAAAGACACACGAGAACGCACACUGGUGAAAAGUCGCAUUCCUGUUCAAUCUGCAACAGAAGCUUUCGUGAAAGACCAAACCUUGUAGCACACAUGAGAACACACACAGGAGAGAAAGUGUUGAGUUGCAGUGUGUGUGGUGAAAAAUUCUCCUAUAAGUACCAGCUUGACAAACACAAGUGUGCUGGUGAGAACAGCAGCAGCAAAUGAAACUGCAGGAUUUGGAAUAAACUGUCAAGACUUUAAUUUGGACUUUCUAACAACAUCAGCACAUAUAACAUGUGUGACAUUGGUGUUUGUGCACCAAUCUUUUUAGUAUACUUCUACAUUUAUAGAUUAGGUAGUUUGAAAUAUUGAAGUGUUACCAGUACAUAUUUUUAUUUCUAAUUGUUAAUGAUCCCAUAGAUUAGCACCUUUAUAUAUCUGAAACAUCUUCUGGACCACUACAGGAAGCAUAUUACUAUUGACUUUAUACAUCAUUUGAACAGUUGUCUUUUAUACAACUUUAAAAUGUGUGAAUUUAUAAGUCAUUUGUUGGGUCUCUAUAAUCAAUGUUAUUAAUUAUACCUGUAUUACUCUCUUUUGUAAUAUGAUGAUUGUGUUGUGAUUGUUUUAUAUGUAUGUCCCCAAACCUUUAUGCGAUAUAAAAGUGAGAGAAAAUGGCUGAA